AUGCAUGCAACUUCAUCGUCUCAUGGUGCCACUGGACAUGAUACUAAUGUUCGUCCUGAUAUCGAUGAAUAUGUUCGAACGGAAAUGAAAAAACAAAAGAUACCAGGCCUUUCACUUGUCAUCAUACAAAAUAAUCAUAUAGUCUACGGUCAAGGUUAUGGCUAUUCGAAUAUUGAACAUAAAAUACCUGUUACGCUUGAAACUAUGUUUCAAUCGGGUUCAAUGGGCAAGCAAUUUGUAGCGAUGGCUAUAAUGAUACUAGUUGAACGAGAAGAUAUUGAAUUGGAUACGCCAAUUAUAGAAUAUAUUGACGAUGCACCAAAGGAAUGGAAACAUAUUACUGUUCGACAUCUUUUAACACACACUGCUGGCACGACUGACUAUCCUGAUGAUUUCAAUUAUCGUGAAGAUAUUACUGAAGACGAAAUGUUUGAAUUGAUUAAGACAAUCCCACUUGAUUUUAAACCGGGUAAACAGUAUUCAUAUAGUAAUCUCGGAUAUAUCACACUCGGCGUAUUAAUUCAUCGAAUAACUGGUGAAUUUUAUGGUGAUUUUCUUGAAAAGAACAUUUUCCAGCCUCUCGGAAUGAAAACAGCACGAGUGAUUAGUGAAAGUGAUAUUGUAUUAAACCGUGCAUCGGGUUACACCCUUGAAGAUGGUAAAAUCAAAAAUCAAGAAUGGGUUGCACCAAGUCUGAAUACAUUUGCUGAUGGUGCUCUUUAUCUCAAUAUGUAUGAUAUGGUGAAAUGGGACACAGGACUCAAUAGCAAGAAACUAUUGAAGCAUCAGACAAGUUUUGAUGAAAUGUGGAGUUCGGUUACAUUAAACGAUAAUACAACUUAUCCAUAUGGUUUUGGCUGGGAAAUAGAUGAAACCGUUGAUGGAAUGCAUGUUGUUAAACAUAGCGGAACAUGGCAAGGUUUUGAAACGAUGAUAAUUCGAGUUUUAAAAGCGAAAGUGACUGCUGUUGUUUUUGCAAAUCUCGAUGCAGCUGAUGUAGAUGAGAUCGCUUCACAUUUGCUAGAAAUAUACGAUUCACGACUUGCUCUUAAAUCCCGUGAAGAUGAAUAA